AUGCACUCCGUGCCAGUCCUGGUGCUCUCCGUGCCGAUGGACAAUGGUAGCGGGUUCCGGUCUACAAAUUACCGUUACCACACAUGCGCACUUGCGCUCCUGUCCCGUGUGACCAUGCAGAGAUAUUCAGAACACGCAUCGGAAGAUACAAAGAAUGCCAAGACGCAUGUCAAAAAGAACCCCUUUAAAAAGAAGCCCUUACCUCGUGAAGAAAAAUCUCUACAGGAAAAACUUUAUGACCUGUACAUUGAAGAAUGUGGGAAAAAUCCCGAGGUAAAGGAGUUCAGAAGCAAUGAGAGCUUGCUAGACAAGCUUGUCAGGAGAGAGGCCUUUCCGUGUCUAGUAAUUACACUCAGCCCAGAAAAUUGGGACUUUACUGUUAGGAUCAAAGACAAAGAUGGCUCCCUUUCAGAGACCAUAGCACUGACUUAUUCAAAGGAGACGAUGCUUGAGUAUUUAGAUGCAGAAGAAUUACCUCCUUUUCUGUUCAAUAUCCUGGAAAAAUCUGAGGUGAAUCUUUCUCACCAUGGCUGUGUCAUAGCAGAAAUUCGUGACUAUACGCAGUGCAGUAAUAGGGAACUAUCUGAUUACCAAAGUCGGCAUGUUCUCUUGAGACCAGCCAGGCAGACUUUAAUGGAGUCCAUGAGAAUGGGUGGCCAUUGGCAGACCCAGGAAGAGAAAUUUGAGUUCGAGAACCAGCUGAUGUUAGCAAAAGAAGAUCCACUGUGCCUUGGUCCUUCUUUCUUGGGCACCUGCUCUACCAAGAGCAAGCUAGGCAACAAGCAGACCAUGAAGAACAACUCAAGGAGAUGGAGCUUCUUAGGGUCUCCAUGGCCUUCCGUGAAUUGGCAACAGGAGCUGCCUCAAUUCACAGCUCCUCCUGAGCUCGAGGCAAAGAUUUCUUGCAGAAAACGAGCAGAAAAAAGAAAGGGAUACCCUUAUAAUACGACUAUUUCAACAACAGCGAAGUGUGUGGACACAUGGCAGCAGAAAUCCUGUGACUUAGACGCUCCUUCUCACGUGGACGUGCAAAAAUAUGCUAAAGGGAAGCCGUCUGUCCCAUCGGGUGACUCCCAGAAAAUAGACUGGCUUACUCCCGAAGUAAGAGAAAUGCUUGCAUGGAAACCCGGCUGUGAGUUGAAGAAGAUGCCACCAUUUGGUAAAACAUUUGUCCCUGAAAAUAUACAGACACCUAAAAAAUCUAAACAUGACAGCUCGAUGAGUACCUCCAGGAUCAUCGCAGGUGACUCUUCCAGUUUCAUUGUGGCCAACUCAGACAGCGAUGAUGGCAGAGUUGUUAGUACAUGCCACAAAUCUGUCCAGACCAACCCUGCAUUCCUAGUGUCCCCCAAGACAUCACCCAAGUCCAGUGGCUCAGCGGAUCUCAGCCACGCCUACUCAGAGAAGUUCAAUUUGCCCAGCACCAGUUCUGUACAGAGAUACCCAAGUCCCAGCCAUUCGGAGCGGCAGGUCAGUAAAUCUCCGAAAUUCAAGGCUGAUGUUCCUAAUCCUGCUUGCACUCUCCUUCCUCCUCCUUUCCCCCCUGCUCCCAAGCCAGCCAGCCUGGCUCAGGAAUCCAGUGCAGGGGUUGGCAGAGGAAGCCAACUGCUUCCAGACGCCAAGCCUCCUGCGAGCUCAUCAAAAAGCAUCCAGGCCACCAGGAACCCCUUCUACUCAAGCAACCUGAAAGCCAGCAAGGUAGAAGACCCAGAACAAAAGUCUUCAUCUCUGGUAAGUGGCUCUGUCAAUAGCGUGGUCUGUGCUUCUGAUGCCCUCAUUCCUGGGCAAGUCCCUCCUCCCAGUGGUUCUGUGGCCUCAACAGUUACUCAAUUGAGGCUGCAGUUUAUUGUGAAUCACAGUGCAUAUCCUGUAACUGUACAGAUUCCAUCUAGUUCUGCCAUCUUGAACCCCACGCCCAAGAUUUAUCAGUUGUUUCCACAGAAACAGUCUCUACGACCCCCAGUGCCCCAAGCUUUUGUUGAGGGAUCUAGCAGUCAGCCUGCCCCAAAGACCCAGCCAGCUGUUGUCAUUACAGUUAAGGGAUUGGGGAGUUUCCUAUUGCCCCACGCAACUCUAUUGAAGCAGUCAAAAACUGGGCACAACAUUAUUUUGCAGAAUUGCCAGUCCCCUCCCCCUGCCCAGCCACAGCAGGUGCAGACCAAGUACAAAUCACAGAGAGCCUGUGCUUUUGAAGUGUGGCAAAACCAUAUACAGUCUUUUGUUUAUUCCCAGAAUGGGUUCCAAAACAGCUGUGGAAUGUUGGUCAGCCUUCGAUCUGUCAUGUUACUGCAGGGAACUGAAAUAUACUUCAAUGGCUGCAUGGUUCCUAUUACUGUGCUCUCGCCCAAAGCCAAUCUGUGGGUGUUACUCACCAGGCAACAGCUGGCCUCCAGCGGCCACUUCCGGUCCCACCCACAGCCACACCAGGAGCUGCCAUCUGACCCAGCAAGGAGAAAGGCGAGGACAUUUGUCAUGCCCUGGUGGCUUCAGUUCCACACACCCUGUCUGCUGAAAAGUCUGUCGUGA